AUGCGCGUUGUGAUGGACGAAGCCUUCGGGAGAGCCAGAUCGUAUUAUAAGGACUUGCUGGGCCAUGUCAUCGAGGACAUCCCUACCAACAACAGUGGCGGAAGUGACGGCGAGCGUUACGCUUUCGACCCUAGGGGUGCUCCGGCUGUAUUAUACAGCGGGAUGUACGCCGACAACGCCGAUUACACAGAAAAGGAAAAGGCUGUUAAUCUUGCCAGAAUGCUUACAGACACUGUGGCCGUUAAUUACCUCUGGGGCACUGAAAAGGUCUAUAUUGCAAAGCUAACCGUGCCAGUUGGAGAUACUAAUCCAUGUGAUGCUUACCACUCAUUCGAGGACCUUUGGGUUAGUAUAUCUUAUUAUAACUAAUCCUCGCCUGAUGGUUAUCUGAUAUCUUUCUCAAGCUAAAUGUUAGUUGUUUAUAUCCGGUAUCGAACUACGGAUUCUUAUUAU